UCUAGUUGCUUGGUCCCCAUUAUCUUCCAUAAUCGAUCGUUUAGUGGUUCCUGUUGUACCCUGCUCCCUUACUCUCCGGCUCACUAUGUCCGGUCCCCAUGAUCCUUCCACAAGAACGUCUGCGCAUCCUAUACCAGAAGACGCCACCACAAAACUUUUGUAUAGCUUGCCCCCUAUCGUAUACGGGAAAUAUGUCCCAAAAUUCUGGAAAAACUGGAGAAAUCUUUACCGUCAGAAAUUCAAGCCAUUAUGCACUCGAUGCCGUGACAUCGACUGGCCGACGAUGUUUCAGCUUUCCAAAAGUGGUCCCUACAGCCCACAAGAGGUUCUCGGGAUUAGAAAAGAAUGGGCAGGCCAGCAAUUCAACUGCUAUCUUUGCCAGUGGCUCCAUGAUACGGGCUCUUCAUGGCCGAGAAUAGUUGCAACAUCCAUGUCAAGACUUUUUUUUUCCGAUACCGUAUCAGAAGCUGAAAUUACACGCAAUCCAAUGUUUGCUUCUGCAACUGUGUUGUGUCAAAAUCCCUUUUUCACACUCAAUGCCAUAGGAGCCAUCCGACCCGACGAUGACAGAGAAAGAUACCGUCCACGUAUCAUAGAUCGAAGAUCUGUUGAUUAUGACCUCAUUCGCAGGUGGAUUCACAAUUGCUCGGAUCUACAUCAUACCGAGCAAUGUAUCGCAGCGAAGAUGGAAAUUAUACCAGGUUUCAAAUUGAUUCAUUGUUCAACUCGGAAGAUCGUUCCAGCGCCAUCCAAUUGUGUUUAUGUAGCGCUGUCGUAUGUGUGGGGUGAACAGCAAUCCGAAAAGCUCGCUGCUCACACCAAAUUCCCCAGGGUCGUCAAAGACAGCAUCAAAGUGUGUCUUGCCCUUGGUUAUGAAUACCUCUGGGUUGACCGAUACUGUAUCGAUCAAGAGAACAGAGAUGAGAAGCACUCUCAAAUGACUAGAAUGGAUCAGAUUUACUCCGCAGCUUCGCUUACUAUCAUCGCUUCGGAUAGUGGUGAUCCUCAGCAUGGACUUCCGGGUGUCGGCAAAACGCCUCGUGCUCAUCAAAAUUAUGUCAAGACUGGUGAGCUCACCCUUGUGAACAUGUAUGUCAACAACAUCAGUUACUUGAAAAACUCAAAUUGGGGGCUUCGAGCGUGGACGUACCAGGAAGGCCUUCUGUCCAAGCGCAAACUUAUCUUUGGCCUUCGUCAGGUGCACUUUGUGUGUGGUGAGUCACAUUUUGCCGAAACGUUCACCGACGAGAUUCCUCUUCGAAUAUUGUCUGAUGAAUAUUAUUUCAUAGACAUGUUCUCCACCCCCAAGGGUAAUAGUCCAAACGAUAACAGCGUGGCGAGGGCCGUGUUCUGCUUGAAUGAAUAUACCUGCCGGAAAAUGAGUUUCGAAUCUGAUUCCCUGAACGCUUGUCUAGGAGUCCUUCGGUCACUGAUAAAGAAUCCGAUUGUUGGACAUUUAUGGGGUGUCCUUACCAUCGACGAAUGUGACCCUUACCCGCUCUUGUCAUGGUAUCAUCCACAAGCGGGACAUCGACGAAUCGACUUCCCCAGUUGGUCGUGGGCAGGGUGGGAAGGAGAGAUAAUUCAUAACUAUACCGACGCACUACAACCUUCCCUAAAAGGACUCCACGUCGACCUAUGUUGGGAGGACGGACGAGUGAUGACUUGUAAGGAGUAUCACAACAGCGGUCUUCUCGUCUCGCAAGCUGGAAGCCCCGAGGCCCCCAGGCUCAUUCAAUUAACCGGAUGUUGCGCAGAAUUUCGAAUCAUAUCCAAGAGUACCCCUGUAGUUGGCGCGAAUAUUCUCCCCCACCUCUGGGUAGGACCAUUCCCGGAAGUGUAUGCACUUUGUGCGGUAGGGACCAACUUGUACCGAGUUUAUGGUGUAUGUCUGGAUUACGAUAUUAGUGCUGAAGAUUUGAACACCUGCAUAGCGAUGGUUGUGUAUUCAUCUGGGGUUUCAAACCUCCUGUUGAAGCCUGUGGGUAAUAGAUUCCAGCGUGUAGGUUUGAUGACAGUAUUGCACUACUCUGUUUCGGAAGUCGAUGAUCUCUGCCACGAGGACGGGGAAAUGCUGAAAGCCGAGGAACGAGAGUACUUGAGCAAGUUCGAUUUACUGGAAUCUUGGUUCAGAAAUGCAACUAAGCGAACUGUUAUUGUAGAAUGA